AUGAGUCGACGUGAAGACAACUGGAAAGAAAUCCCAAUUGCUUCUACUUCUUCAAUUUUGGUUAUCCAUCUCGAUGAAAUAGAGUGUCCUGUGACACUCAACCGGCCAGCUGAGUUGCGCUCGGUGCCGAGGGUCACCCAGCCGGCAGUGCCAACCGGGACAAUGAUGUCAUCUUUCGCAUCCGACAGAUCUUCCGAAUUGGCCCUCCAGCUCAAAUGUUCGCCGAGUCUCUUGGACCAUGCCCCCAGGCAACCGGACGUGGUCGCCAAUCUCAAACAACAGCUUAUCUCAAGCUCCAAGAAGUCCUCUUCCAAUCCUCACGAGGCCCAGUCGAAGCUGUCGUCCUUACUCGGUGCGGUUGACCUGAGAGAUCGAUUCGAGCGCAAACGGGUUCCGAACAAGCAGCUGUUGACCGCACUCGAAUCACUAGUUGUCUCAGUCCAAUCCUCAGGGAAUCGCGCCGAAGAUGGGGAGGAUGUUGCGGAGAUUCGAUCGAUCUUACUCAUCCAGAUUGUGCUUCGAUCCUACUCGACUCUAUUCGAAUCACUCUGUCAUCAAUCCUUUGGGAUCAAGGAUCAGAUAGACUACUGGUCGAUGAUCGAAAACAACCGAAUAUCGACUGCUUAUUAUCUAAUUCAAUCCAUCCCGCUUCGAUCGAUAGCAUUGGCUUCCCAGAUUUGGGCUCAGACGAGACGCGCCAUCGACCAACUUAGAGAGGACGAGGGUCAUCAUAAUCGGAAUCGGCUGUCCACAUGGGUUGGACAGCUCUACAAUCAAGCAUGGGCUAGACCUCACCAAGCAAUCUCAUUUUCGAGCUUGUUCCCGAUUCUGAGCACGAAUUCGAGACUGUUGAUCAACUCGCCGAGCCAUUCGAUCCAAUUCUUGUCAACCCUGUCCCCGAUCCUACUGACGCGACAGGAGGCAAGGGUCAAGAGGCAAGCACUGGAGUUGGUCCAUGCCGACCUGGCUGAAAAAAUCGGAGGUCUCGUUAACGGUUUGCACAGCUUGGAAGAUCAAGCCCAGCGUCCCGCUGAGUCAGAUAUAGCCCUUUCUGGUUUGGUAAGCAAAAUGUGUCUCGUGGCGUCAGAUCUAGAUUCCCAAGCCCAACAGCCAAUGGACAGAGAUAACCCGGCGUCAAUGAUCGAUCAGCUCCAUCAACUCUUGUCGAGCCAUCUACCAAAUCAUCCAGAAAGUCUUAAAUUGCGGAUUUCUUCGCUCUCUCCACCUGGGGUUUUCGUCCGUAAUUGGCCCUGGUUGGUCUCCCUGCCAGUCUUCUCCUAUGCUCUCUCAAGCCUUGCCUACAGCUAUCGAAGCAAGAUUUUGGAUGGAUUCAGAGAUGCCAAGGAAACUCUAAAGGGUUUCAUAUCCGGCUGGGUAAUCAGACCAGUCGAGGACAUUCUGCAGACUUUAAGAGCCGGACAGGAAGGUACUCUGGCAAUUAUGACCAAGGAUAGUCUCGCCCCUGAACUUGAUAGUCUCGAACGGAUGGUGGUAGAGUUUGGACGCGACAAACUGAAGUGGAGCGAAGAAGAAUUAUCAAAGCUAUCAGAAAGUGUGAAAGAGGGCAACUUGACUUCGGUGUUGAAAGUCUGGGAGCAAGAGAUCAAGGCUCCCAUUCGAUCAGCGAUCGCGGGUUCAUUGAUUCGAGUACUGCUGAUCCAAAUUCAAAAGGUCAAAGUAGAUCUGUCCCUAGCAAUGGAUGGGAUCCAAUCAGUCUUGCGUAGCCAGUCACUGACCUUUGGAGCGAUCGGGGUGGCUCCAUCAAUGUUGAUUUGUUUCAUGUUUGGCAAGCUGUUUGGCUCGUUAAUCAGAAAGCGGAUUGGGGUGGUCGGAAAGGGAACCGAGGCGGUCAGGAAAGAAGUUCGGAUUGCUAUGAGGAGAAUGGAGCGGACACUAUUAUUAAUCACCUCGAAUCCAUCGGCCGAUUCAGAUCAUCCAACAGCCAAGUCACAUUCUAACAAUCCUGAGAGGACGUUAGGAUUUUUAUUCUUAGACCUCCAUCUUCUGAGAUAUUUCGUUCAUUCACCCCAUUUCCCUCGACGUGAAUCCUCUCGAGCUAUUCAACAAGAGUUUCUUGCUGAUAUCAAAGACUUGGAAAGCUCACAACUGAGCUGGAAGACUAAAUCUAAAUUAGCCAAAAGAUUUGUUAAACAGUGGGGAUUCCUGGUUGGAAUUUAAAUGUGAUCACGUUACAGGCGUCGGCUUUUAUUCGUUUAUUUGUUGCUUUUCGGAAAAGCAAGUCUCUUUUGGCUUAUGCAUUGCCAAAAGGCUCUCGGUAUUUUUUUUUUUUGC